CAAUACAGUUCGUCUUUCUGAACUGUUCAUUCAUCGCCUCCGCUUCUCCUAUCCUUGCCGCCCUGUUGACUUGGUCAAGGAACAAAACGAUCCAAUCCAUUCGCCACUUCCCCCAAUCUGCCAUCGCAAUCCGCGAAACCCUAGUUUCACAGAGCGGAACUCGAAUUGGCGGCUUGGCGCUAGGGAUUUCUGCCGUCCGGGCGCGCGGGAUGGAUUUGGAUCUGUGGAUCGCCAAGGCCAAGGAGGGGCAGCACCUCGCCGAGCACGAGCUCCAGUCCCUCUGCGAAUACGUGAAGGAGAUUCUCAUCGAGGAAUCGAACGUGCAGCCUGUCAACAGCCCAGUGACUGUGUGCGGCGACAUCCACGGGCAGUUUCAUGACCUGAUGAAGCUCUUUGCGACCGGAGGCCAUGUCCCCGAUACGAAUUACAUAUUUAUGGGCGACUUUGUGGAUCGUGGGUUCAACAGCCUAGAGGUCUUCACCAUCCUUUUACUUCUAAAAGCUAGGUACCCUGCCCACAUAACCCUUCUGCGUGGGAAUCAUGAAAGCAGGCAGUUGACACAGGUGUAUGGUUUUUAUGAUGAGUGUCAGAGGAAGUACGGAAAUGCCAAUGCAUGGCGAUAUUGUACUGAUGUUUUUGAUUACCUUACUCUUUCAGCGAUCAUUAAUGGCACGGUCCUUUGCGUUCAUGGUGGCCUUUCGCCCGAUGUACGGACAGUCGACCAGAUACGAAUAAUCUAUCGCAAUUGCGAAAUUCCCCAUGAAGGGCCUUUCUGUGAUCUGAUGUGGAGCGACCCGGAAGAGAUAGAGACAUGGGCAGUUAGUCCCCGUGGAGCAGGUUGGCUCUUUGGAUCAAGGGUGACUCAAGAGUUCAACCAUAUUAAUAAAAUUGAGCUGGUUUGCCGGGCUCAUCAACUAGUCCAGGAAGGCCUAAAGUACAUGUUCGAUAAAGGCCUUGUAACUGUGUGGUCUGCACCUAAUUAUUGUUACAGAUGUGGCAAUGUUGCUUCUAUACUAAACUUCGGUGAAAAUAUGGCAUGUCACUUCAUCUUCACUCACACACUUAUUCUAGAUCCCUUUUUUUUUCUUAUGUUCUUUUUCUCCUGUUAUUUGGAAUUUGGAUGGCCGAGUUCAAGAUGUAAGAAUUUUUCAGAGAUGUUUUACUUGCCUUGAAACAUUCAAGAAAUCCUCCCAUCUGAACCUUUGAUAGUUUUGAUGAAACCCUUUUGGUGUUGUGUAGAUCUUGGUUUUUGGAUGUUCUGUUUUCAGAUGAACUUUAGAAGCUACCGAGUUCUGAUAGCCUUGGCAUGUAGGGAACAGAAACUCAGCAAUUGCUGUUUCUAGUCACUCUAUUCUUUUUACAACAUUCCUGCCAUUGUUUUGCAGUUGGAACAAUUCCAUUAUAACUGUUGAAAUCCACUUUUUUGUGCCUGUAAUAUUGAUGAGGUGGAUAUAACAGUUAAGACUAACGGUUGCUUUCAUCUACUGCAAGUAAAUUUUAAGCUUUCAGGGUGUUGCUUAGCAACUUAUAUACUGUUCUGUGCUUACAGCAGUUCUAUGUUUUUCUUUUGUUAUUUUCUUGUACUUUAUUUCACCAUUUUGCUGUGUUGGCAGGAAAGGGAUGUCAAGUUCUUCACAGAGACAGAUGAAAACAACAAGAUGCGAGGGCCAAGGACUGCAGUCCCAUAUUUUCUUUGACCCUGGUUGUACAAUUUUUAUCUGUGGUUGUUUUUAUUUGCAAGGGCUAAAGGUCAUCAAAGAGGUGCUCAUUGUUGUAGAUUCAGCUCAUAACACAAUCUGAUGCAGUUUGUGUCAUAGGUUGUUUUAUCCGCUUGUACAACAGAUAUUUGGAAGAACUAUUGCUCCCUUUUUGGCA